AUGAGAUAUAGGGGUGGAAGUGGAGGGAAUUUGAUGGAGCCAAGUACAAGUCGCGGUGCGGUGCGAGAAACUGUACAACGAGAAAGACCCCUCGGAAAGGAGAAGGGGGAGUGGGCUUUAGCGUUGGGGACAACUCGUUCGGUUCGAUCCAGUUACGUAAACAGUCACGUGAUUUGUCUGGAGAGACGUGGGUGGAUUGACCUAUGCUCUGAUGUUACUCAUCUCCUCCUAGUUAUAUAUUGCAGCUUAGGGUCAGUUAAGGCAGCCAUUGGUUUGUACAAAGGGAAGGUUCUUGAAGGAAAUUCUGCACUGAAUAAACCCUCAGUUAUGAAGUCUGUAGAGAAGCCACAUCCAAGGACCAGCCAACUUCACAUAGCAAGAAGGGACAUGGGGCGACUCGGUGAGAGCAGGAAAGUUGCAGAAGCAGAAAAAGCCCAAGCAGAAUCUGAGCUUUUGGACGCGAAAAAGACGGUGAAGGAGCUAUCUUCAAGGAUAGAAGAGUUGAAUUCAAGAUCAAGUGUCCGGAAUCAAGACUUGGAGAAACUGAACACGGGAAAAAGAGGAGGAAGUUGGGGGAUGGCGCUUCGCAACCCUCGGAGUAAUCAGUAUUCCCAAGUAAUGACAGAGUUGGGGUAUGCCAAAGAAGAGCUGAUUAAGCUUAAACAAGAUAUGGCUUCUAUCAUGGAAGAAAAAAGAAGAGCAGAGCAAGAAAUAGAAACCUCUAGUUUGAAAAUGCAAUCUUUUUCAAGCAAAGUAGAAGCAUUAAGAAGGGAGGUUGAGGAACUUGAUGAAGAGAUCGUGCUAGUUGAGCUAGCUCGAAUAGAAGCCAUUAAAGAAUUCAGAGCAAUUGAAGCUCAAAGAAGGGAAGACGCAGAAAAACAUUCUGCAGCAAUGUUGGAGAACAGGAAGAAAAUAGAUGACAUGGUCCAAGAAAUUCAGAUAUCAGAGGAGCUACAAGAAAAACUGGCCUCGACAACAUCAGAUGUCCAAGUUUUGCAAAGUGAACUGAAGCAAGUUAAGGAAAUGGACAAGUCGAUUCAGAAAAACAAGAGCUUGAAGGUCGGAUCUAAUUUCCUGGAAAAAGACACAUGCUUGUUGCAGUCAUUGAAAGAAGACUUGGAGACAGCAAAGAAUGAAUUAGCUUCCAUUAAAAGAGACAGCUUCCAGUUCAUGUCUUCAAUGGACGAAGUGAGGGAUGAGCUCAAACGCAUCUCUGAGGAAUCAGCUCGAAUAAAGAAAAAGGGAAACAAGGCAGACUUGACAAUUCAGAACCUCAACACGAAGCUUCUGAAGGCAAAAGCCAAACUGGAAGCUGCAUCAGAGAAUGAAGGAAAAGCAAGCUCUAUUGCUUCAAGUUUAUUGCUCAGUCUUGAACAAUUGACAAAUGAAGUUGAAGAAGCUGAGAAUGAAAGGGUGACUGCCAUUGAGGAAGCUGCAAAAGUCAAGGAAGAAAUUCAGAAAACACAAUCUGAAACGGUCUUGGCUGAGGAAAGAUGGGAAGCUGCAAUGCAGGAGCUUGAAAACGUCAAAUUAUCAGAAGCUACCGCCAUGAACAACCUAAAAAGACUUGUUGAUAUUACUAUGAAAAGUAGAGCAUCCGCUUCCACCUCCACGAUAACUAUUUCAAGAUUUGAGUAUGAGUACUUAAAAGGACGUGCAGCACAGGCAGUUGACGUUGCUGAUAAAAAAGUGGCAGCAGCUCAAGCUUGGACAAAAGCUUUGCAAGCAAGUAAAAAGGAGAUCUCAAUGAAGACAGAGGUCGUCAGAAAGGAAAUCCAAGAGCUUAAGAUGGAAGAAGAGCAAAAAGGCCUGAGAAUGGAACAUUCACCUUCCGUAAAGACAUUGGUCGAUAUGCAGCUGCAGAAAUGGGAGGAGAUAAAUGAAAAGAACCAGGAACAAUCUCAGAAAGGUUUACGUGCAAAAUCCACCUCAAUAAGACGAGUUAAGUUCAGAAAGUCAUCAUCUCCUGCAUCUAGAGCAGCUUCCUUCGCAGCUAGGAGAAGAAGAAAGGUAAUUCCAAACAUAGCUAAGUUAUUUAAUAGCAACAGCAACGAUGAGAACCUGUAAGCUAUAUUAUUGCAGCUCCAAAUACUUGCCAAAGUUUUCUGAUGCAAGACAUUUUUCUCACUAAAUCCUAGUGUUGUUAGUCUCUGUAUGUUUUCUCUGAUGGAUGGCUUGUUCGUCCUGAUUCUGUAUAGUUAGAACAUCCCCAAUUUUAUUUGUUUUACUUUGUCCCCAUUAUUUGGAAAGGUCCGUCCAACAGAUACAAUAUUUGGUGA